AUGUUGUUUGUGAUCCCUCCUUGUGUUUUGUCAGUUGAUGAGCGUCACAUACACUGUGCUCCUUCGUUUAGAUGCGGCAAUCAGACAGAUCUCCAUUAUCCCUUUUGGACACCUGAGAGAGAAGAGUGUGGUCACCCGGAUUUCAAGGUCGACUGCAGUGGAGAUUUCCCAGAGUUUAGUAUGUUUUCGGUUAAGUUCCGAAUCCUUGAGAUGAAUUAUGCGUCCCGUAUAAUAAGACUUGCCAGAAUGGAUUAUCUCAACAAUCUUUGUCCCCAACAUCCUGACAACGCAAUAAUCAACCAACAAGUCUUUUCACUUCUUCAAGACACCGAGCUGCAAACUUUUUAUUACGACUGCCCUGUUCCAAGGAUAAACUUUCUUCCCAAUGGCUACAUUAGCCAGCUUGACUGUGAGGAUGAUAUUGGUGUGCAAAGUUACUUUGUCUGGUCCCCUUCACAUUCUAGGAAUAGAGCUAUAUUAGAUGCAUCGUGUGAAAGAACGGUCAAUAUUCCAGUCUCUCGAUCUGCCUUGAAGAGAGCAGAGAGUAAUCAUAGUCUUGAGGCUCUGAAGAAGGCUCUUGAUGAGGGUUUCAACCUUAGAUUAAACGGUGACUGUUCACAAUGCGUGAGAUCAAGGGGUGCUUGUGGAUAUAAUCAGAGCUUGAGAGAUUUUGUCUGCUAUUGUAUAAAUGAGCCACAUGCGCAUACUUGCCAUCCUGAAAAAAAGAGUUGUGUAACUCUUUGCCAUCUUUACCCGUUUGAUGGUGCUGCAGGUUCCUUAGGAGCAGUUAUGGUUUUGGUGGUCUUAAUAGUCAUUUGGUAUAAAAGGAAAACACCAAAUGCUUUGACAAAACAGAGCCUACAGGCGCUUAUUCCGCUGAAGCAGUAUACUUACUCUGAAGUGAAAAGAAUUACAAAGUCAUUAGCUGAAGUAGUCGGAAAAGGAGGAUUUGGGACUGUCUAUAGAGGAAAACUUCGGGAUGGUAGAAUGGUAGCGGUUAAGCUCUUGAAGGAGUCAAAGGAAAACGGUGAAGACUUCAUCAAUGAAGUAGCAAGCAUGAGCAAAACAUCCCAUGUUAACAUUGUCUCACUGCUCGGAUUCUGCUACGAUGGUUCCAAAAGAGCCAUUAUUUAUGAAUAUGUCGAAAACGGGUCUCUGGAUCAGUUCUUCUCAAGCAAAGUCCAAUCGAAUAAAGACUGGAGAACACUAUAUGAGAUUGCACUAGGCAUUGCGCGUGGUCUCGAGUACUUGCAUAAUGGGUGCCAAACAAGAAUUGUGCACUUUGACAUUAAACCUCAAAAUGUUCUCUUGGAUGGCAAUCUUUGUCCGAAAGUUUCUGACUUUGGACUUGCAAAGCUCUGCGGGAAAAGAGAAAGCAUCUUGUCAUUGCUAGAUACAAGAGGAACUAUAGUUGAUGAGCGUCACAUACACUGUGCUCCUUCGUUUAGAUGCGGCAAUCAGACAGAUCUCCAUUAUCCCUUUUGGACACCUGAGAGAGAAGAGUGUGGUCACCCGGAUUUCAAGGUCGACUGCAGUGGAGAUUUCCCAGAGUUUAGUAUGUUUUCGGUUAAGUUCCGAAUCCUUGAGAUGAAUUAUGCGUCCCGUAUAAUAAGACUUGCCAGAAUGGAUUAUCUCAACAAUCUUUGUCCCCAACAUCCUGACAACGCAAUAAUCAACCAACAAGUCUUUUCACUUCUUCAAGACACCGAGCUGCAAACUUUUUAUUACGACUGCCCUGUUCCAAGGAUAAACUUUCUUCCCAAUGGCUACAUUAGCCAGCUUGACUGUGAGGAUGAUAUUGGUGUGCAAAGUUACUUUGUCUGGUCCCCUUCACAUUCUAGGAAUAGAGCUAUAUUAGAUGCAUCGUGUGAAAGAACGGUCAAUAUUCCAGUCUCUCGAUCUGCCUUGAAGAGAGCAGAGAGUAAUCAUAGUCUUGAGGCUCUGAAGAAGGCUCUUGAUGAGGGUUUCAACCUUAGAUUAAACGGUGACUGUUCACAAUGCGUGAGAUCAAGGGGUGCUUGUGGAUAUAAUCAGAGCUUGAGAGAUUUUGUCUGCUAUUGUAUAAAUGAGCCACAUGCGCAUACUUGCCAUCCUGAAAAAAAGAGUUGUGUAACUCUUUGCCAUCUUUACCCGUUUGAUGGUGCUGCAGUUGCAGGUUCCUUAGGAGCAGUUAUGGUUUUGGUGGUCUUAAUAGUCAUUUGGUAUAAAAGGAAAACACCAAAUGCUUUGACAAAACAGAGCCUACAGGCGCUUAUUCCGCUGAAGCAGUAUACUUACUCUGAAGUGAAAAGAAUUACAAAGUCAUUAGCUGAAGUAGUCGGAAAAGGAGGAUUUGGGACUGUCUAUAGAGGAAAACUUCGGGAUGGUAGAAUGGUAGCGGUUAAGCUCUUGAAGGAGUCAAAGGAAAACGGUGAAGACUUCAUCAAUGAAGUAGCAAGCAUGAGCAAAACAUCCCAUGUUAACAUUGUCUCACUGCUCGGAUUCUGCUACGAUGGUUCCAAAAGAGCCAUUAUUUAUGAAUAUGUCGAAAACGGGUCUCUGGAUCAGUUCUUCUCAAGCAAAGUCCAAUCGAAUAAAGACUGGAGAACACUAUAUGAGAUUGCACUAGGCAUUGCGCGUGGUCUCGAGUACUUGCAUAAUGGGUGCCAAACAAGAAUUGUGCACUUUGACAUUAAACCUCAAAAUGUUCUCUUGGAUGGCAAUCUUUGUCCGAAAGUUUCUGACUUUGGACUUGCAAAGCUCUGCGGGAAAAGAGAAAGCAUCUUGUCAUUGCUAGAUACAAGAGGAACUAUAGGUUACAUUGCCCCUGAAGUAUUUUCAAGAAUCUAUGGAAAUGUAUCACACAAAUCGGAUGUAUACAGCUAUGGAAUGUUGAUAAUCGAGAUGAUCGGAGCAAGAAACACAGAAGCAUCUCAAAACUCGGAAUCUACCACAAGUUCAAUGUACUUUCCUGAAUGGAUAUAUAAGGAUCUUGAAAAUGGAAACUACAGAAAGCGUCUCGGGGAGGAAAUAACUGUAGAAGAAGAAAAUAUUGUGAAGAAGAUGACACUGGUGGGUCUAUGGUGCAUACAGUCUUCCCCAUCAAAUCGGCCACCGAUGAACAGAGUCAUCGAGAUGCUUGAAGGGAGUGUGCAAGAUCUGCAAGUUCCUCCUAAUCCUGUUUUACAUCUUUCCGCAACGCAAUUUACAGAGUCUUCUUGGCUUUCAGAAGAGAAUUCAGGCUACUCAGAAGUGUGA